AUGUUUGUCCACACUCCGGUUGUGAAUCAACAGGUUGCCGGUGGCGAUUCUUCCAACAAGUUAGUCGACCUGGGCAAUGGUGAAGCGAGCCCGGUAAAAGAGCCGGUACUGGGCUAUCUGGCCAAACAUGCACGCAAGAUCUGUCUAGCUGCCAAGCCAGCCCCACUGAUACAGUCCAGCUUCCAG